CGUUACGUCACUCCUGAAUUCCCUCAGCUCUGCUGACUCAACCCUAACUGGGUGUGACCAGCAGCUUAACCUGAAUCUCACUCUGCUUUUUGUCUUUGCCAGUUUUUACAGUUCUGCUAGAAGACCAAGGAAGCCGAAGUCCAGCAAAACCUUUACAGAGCUAAGUUUGUAAGACCUACCAGGCGACGAUGGAAAACCAGUUACAGAAGCUCGUAGCGGAGAAGAAGGACAUGGUGGAGACCGUGAUGGAAGUGUUCGAACAGGGAGCCGAAGUGGUGGCCAGCAUCGCCGGGGACCUCUUCCCCGUGUUUUCUAUCGCCGCUCCGAUUGUCAAGCUGGCUCUGGACAAUGUGGAAAGCAAAGAGGCCGCCUUCAUGAAGGAGCAGUUCCAGAAGGUCCGUGACCGCCUGGAGGUGGUCUCCGAGGAGCUCCAGCGGAUCAACGACGAGAUCAAGAGGAGCGGAGUGGAUGCCGCGUAUUUCUCCGUGGAAGAAAACAUCACCAACCAGUUCAGGAAGUACAUGGACAUCCUUAACGCCAAGCCUAAGUUCAGGGAGGUGAAGAAGAAGCUUUUCCUGGAACAUUUUGCCAAAACCGGUGGAGACAAAAACCUGAACACCCUCUACAACGCCGUGAUCGGAGACACUUUUUCUGGAGAGCCUAUCCUGGAGAUCAUCCUGAACUACGAGGAGAAAAGCCGUCGCCCAAUGGAGGACUUUUGCGCUCGGCUGAAGAAGCUCUUCUGCGUCGGGCUCAUUGCGCUUUUAGGGCACGCUGCUCUCAAAGGGUACGACGAAGACGAGGCUCUGCUCAAAGAGUGGGGGGAAAAGAUGAACACCGUCCAAGCUAAAAUGAACGCCAUUAUUGAAGACUGCAUCGUCAGCUUCCCUAAGCAAGCCGAACUGGAUUCCCGACGACUGGUGAGGGACGAGGGGGGGCUAACCAACCAGGAGCUAGCUGACGCUAUCAUCGAGAAGUUAAGGAAGAAGUAUGACUGGGUGAGUUGGUCUGUGCGCGUCUUCAGGUCUCCCUCAGGCCUGUUUGCCAGCAAGAAGGUAAACGACUGCCCGACCGGGAAGAGUCGCUUCCGAGUUCCCACAUCCGACGAGAAACGUAACGUCUGGGUGUCGUACAGCUCCUCGCCUGAGCCCGUGGAUAAGAAUCGCAUCCAACAGCUGAUCCAGAGUCAGAAGAAACUGGACGUGGUUUCCGUAGCCGAGUCACUGUUCGCGAACUUGCCCGGCGACUGUGUUGUCCACAGCGUGAAAAGCAGCAAAGAUCUGGCCUGCUCCUGGAGCUUCAAGGAUGAACUUCAUUACUGGGAGGAGCACAAGAACUUUUAUCUCUGUGUUCAUUCAGCUUAAAGCUUGAAAUAAAAAAAAAAAAAGAAAAUCAUUGAUGUAUUUUUCCUGUUUGCACAUAGUAAAGCAAUCUGCUGCCGCCACUUUCCUCUGGCUUUACCCGUGAGAUAUUUCACUUUCUGUGCCUUAAAAUGUUUGGAUGAAGGUUGAGUAAGUGUCUUCUGUGCUGCUGGGAUCAAACUGAGAUUUUCUCAUGAGGACAU